CGAAUGAGAGAACAUAAUUGUAUAGAAAAUAUUCCUUAUUUUAAAUUAACGAAUGAAUUAACAAAUGAAUGUUUGGAAAUGAAUAAAAUUGAGAAUGAAAAGGGGGGAGCUUUAAUUAGUAGAUAUUUAAUUAAUGAAAUAAGAGAUGAACAAUGGUGGAGACAAAGAGAGGAAAAAGCUAUUAAAUGGAGAUAUGCUUCUAGAUUAAGAAGAAUUGCUUUACUACAUUAUUUAAAAUAA